AUGAACAUUUUAUGUUAUUAUCGUGAUUGCACAGAAGAAGAUGCUGCAAAAAUGUAUAAAGAGCACAUUAUUGAUAAAAUUCAAGAUCAAUUGGAAUUUAAUCAAUACUUUACACGUCAGUGGGACAUUCAUAAACAACAGUGGAUAGCCGCUGCCAGACCAAAUGAAUUAACCGUUGUGAAUAACGUUUCUGAAUCUUUAUUUAAAAAGAUAAAAUAUCACGAUUUUGGCUGCGUUAAAAAUCAAAGAAUUGAUGUUUUUGUCAAAAAUCUUUUAGAAGAAGUUGCACCCAAUUACUUUUAUCGUAUUAAAAACGAUUUACUUCAAACAGGUUUUAUUCCUUCAAUUAGAAUUCGCGAGCCUCGAUUGACAGAUUAUAAAACAAAAUUGAAAAGAGAAGUUCAAUCACGUUUAUACCAAGUAUUAAAUUUUGUUCAGAAUCAAGAAGCCAAUUUGAAUCCAUUAAGAUUUUUAUUGGAAAAUGCUGAAGAAAAACUUUCUCAAAUAAAUGAGAAGAUACAAAAUUCAAUUACAUAUUUAAGAUCGUUUGAAAUUCCAAAUGAAUUGUUAGAUACGUAUAUGUUAGAAAUUAAUGAAUUUUGUUAUAAUUCUCCAGGUUAUAUUUUAGAACAUUUCGAAGAAUUUUUGGAGGAUUUCAAAGAAAAGAAUAAUUUAAUAGACUAA